AUGGCUACUGAUUCAGGAGAGCCAGCUAGCACAGAAGAUUCUGAGAAACCUGAUGGAGUUUCAUUAGAAAACAUAAUUCCUCAGGUUGCUGCAGCUUUGACUGUACAAGCUAGACUAAAGGAAAAAAGCAGUACUUUCUCUGCUUCUGGGGAAACUGUGGAAAGGAAGAGAUUUUUCCGAAAGAGUGUUGAGAUGAUGGAAGAUGACAAAGUUGCUGAAUCGUCCCCCAAAGAUGAGAGAAUAAAGUCUUCAACAAAUAUUCAAAGAGUAGAUAAACUUCCUACAAAUGUGCUAAGAGGUGGACAAGAAGUUAAAUACAAACAGUGUUCAAAGAUACUUUCAGAAUCCUCGAAAGAUUGUUUCAAGGAGAAAAAUGAAAAGGAAAUGGAAGAAGAAGCAGAAAUGAAGGCUGUGGCUACUUCUCCUAGUGGCAGAUUCCUAAAAUUUGACAUAGAGCUGGGAAGAGGAGCAUUUAAAACAGUAUAUAAAGGACUGGACACAGAAACAUGGGUUGAGGUUGCUUGGUGUGAAUUGCAGGACCGGAAGUUAACCAAAGCUGAGCAGCAAAGAUUCAAAGAAGAAGCAGAGAUGUUAAAGGGUCUCCAGCAUCCCAAUAUAGUUCGAUUUUAUGAUUCCUGGGAAUCUAUAUUAAAAGGAAAGAAAUGUAUUGUAUUAGUGACUGAGCUAAUGACGUCAGGAACCUUAAAGACGUACUUAAAACGAUUUAAAGUCAUGAAACCAAAGGUCUUAAGGAGCUGGUGCAGACAAAUAUUAAAGGGGUUGCAUUUCUUGCACACUAGGACUCCUCCUAUUAUUCAUCGGGAUCUGAAAUGUGACAAUAUUUUCAUUACGGGACCUACUGGAUCUGUGAAGAUUGGUGAUCUAGGACUAGCCACAUUAAUGCGUACAUCAUUUGCCAAAAGUGUUAUUGGAACUCCUGAAUUUAUGGCCCCAGAGAUGUAUGAAGAACACUAUGAUGAAUCUGUUGAUGUCUAUGCUUUUGGAAUGUGUAUGUUGGAAAUGGCUACUUCGGAGUACCCUUAUUCUGAGUGCCAGAAUGCAGCUCAAAUAUACCGGAAAGUAACCAGUGGCAUAAAACCAGCAAGUUUCAAUAAAGUCACUGAUCCUGAAGUGAAAGAAAUUAUUGAAGGAUGCAUUCGUCAAAACAAAUCUGAAAGGUUGUCUAUCAGGGAUCUACUAAACCACGCAUUUUUUGCUGAAGAUACAGGACUUCGAGUGGAGUUAGCAGAGGAAGAUGAUUGUUCAAAUUCAUCCUUGGCUUUAAGACUCUGGGUUGAAGACCCUAAAAAAUUGAAAGGCAAUCACAAAUUACCUGUAAUAGAGUACAUCAGAGUUAUUUCAGCAAUUCUUGUUAAUAGCAUUGUUUAUCUUAUACUGAUUAAAGACGUCAAAUCUGGUUUCUUCCAUGAAAGUGAUUCCAAAGCUGUUGCCAAGUCCAUUAGAGACCGUGUGACCCUGAUAAAGAAGAUAAGGGAGAAGAAGCCAGCUGGCUGUUCGGAAGAACGCAGGGAUUCCCAGUGCAAGUCUGUAGGAAAUGUGCUCCCUCAGCACCAGAAUACAACUGUACCCUCUGCUUCUGCUCAGCAGAUUGGGACUGAAUGUGAAGAAACUGAAGUUGAUCAACAUGUUCGACAACAGCUUUUAAAAAGAACACCACAGCAACACUGCUCCUCUGUUGCAGGUGACAGUUUGUCUGAGGCAGGAGCUGGAUCUGUUAUACAUUCAGAUACUUCAAGUCAGCUCAAUAUAGCCUAUUCCUCAGACCAGACUAUGGGCUCUCAGAUGGUUUCUAACAUCCUACAGGCUGAAAUCAAUGUUCUGGGGAAAAUGUAUCUAUCUCCACAGCUAGGAGGAAAUUACCAGCAAAUUUCAGGGUUGCAGAAGCAGCCAAAGCUGAAUCAGCCCCAGAUUUUGCCUUUGGCUCAAAGUCAGACCACUGUUUUGCCUGUUCAUGUACUUGGGCCUCCAGUUGUUUCACAACCACAGGUUUCCCCAGUAACUGUCCAGAAGUUCUCACAGAUAAAGCCCCUAUCUCAGCCAGUUGGAACUGAACAACAAUCAACUCUCCUAAAACCAGAUUUAAUUCGUAGCUUGAAUCAUGAUGUAGCAGCUCUGAAAGAAAACAUCAAUAGCCCUGAUAACCCAACUGGAAAUGGUAAACAAGAACGGAGCAAACAGAGAAGAGCUUCCUGCCCCCGACCAGAGAAGGGGACUAAAUUCCAGCUUAUUGUUCUUCAGGUCUCAACCUCUGGAGACAACAUGGUGGAAUGUCAGCUGGAGACACACAAUAACAAGAUGGUCACCUUCAAGUUUGAUGUUGAUGGUGAUGCUCCAGAAGAUAUUGCAGACUAUAUGGUCGAAGAUAACUUUGUGCUAGAAGUUGAGAAAGAAAAAUUUGUAGAAGAAUUGAGGGCUAUUGUAGAUCAAGCUCAGGAGAUCCUUCAUGUCCACUGUGCUGCAGAAAGAGCCAUUGGAGUUGAUUCUAUUACUGUGGAAUCCAACAGUAACCAAACAGGAUCAACUGAACAAGUACAGAUAAAUUCUGCAGCCACUCAAACCAGCAAUGAAUCUGCUCCCCAGUCAUCACCAGUUGGCCGGUGGCGUUUCUGUAUCAAUCAAACAAUAAGGAAUCGUGAGGCUCAGUCUCCUCCUCUUCAGCAUUCUCUGUCUACAGUUCCUGGACUCCAUACACUUUCUAGUCCAAGAAGCACAAGCAAUAAGGAAAUAUCACAGGACACACUGUCCACUGUAGAAAAUAAUCCAUGCCAGAGUGCACUUUUCACCUUCAAAUCAGAACACAAGGAUUUAGUUGAUGGUAAGAUUUCUGAAUAUGCUAGUGUAGAAACUGAAAAGCCAGCUAUACUUUAUCAAGUGGAAGAUGACAGGCAUAUAAUGACACAAGUUACUAGUAGCUCCAAUUAUACUACUACUUCAGUUCAUGCCGUUCCAGUUGAAUGUGAGGGAUUCACCAGCCAAGCAUGCGUAUUGCUACCUGUGUAUCCGUAUCAUCAAGCUGCCAGUCAGGUUGAUGUACUUACAGCCCAUCCCGGAGAGCCAACUAAGAUUGCUGAUAACUCUCUUACAACUCCAACAUUUAUAUUUGAUCAAAAGCCUCAGUUGGUACCAAUGCAGCAGCCAACUCUGGAUGCAGAAUUUUUUUCACAAGAAGGAGAAACCACAGUGAACACUGAAGAAAGUACCGCUAAAAUAGUCAUUCCUACUCAGACCCUAGGCCUUGAACCAACUACCCUUCUACCCACUACUGUCCUGGAAUCAGAUGGGGAAAGACCUCCAAAAAUGGAAUUUGCAGACAACCGAAUUAAAACCCUGGAUGAAAAAUUAAGAAACUUGCUCUAUCAGGAGCACAGCAUAUCUAGCAUCUAUCCUGAGAGUCAGAAGGAUACUCAAAGCAUAGACUCUCCAUUUUCUUCCUCUGCUGAAGAUACACUCUCCUUUUCAGUGGCAGAAGUCAUAGCCAUCAGUCACUGUGGAAUUCAAGAUAGUUCUGCACAAUCCCCUAAUUUUCAUGAGACAGGCUCUAAGAUCCUGUCCAGUAUGGCUGUGAGUCAGCCUGCUAACAUAUCAGUGUUCAAAAAGGACCUGAAUGUGAUAACAUCUGUACCCAGCGAAUUGUAUUUGCAUGAGAUGUCCCCAGAUGCUUCAAUCCCAGGGGAUCCAGAGGUCUGUCCUGGUGCUGUGUCAAGCGGUGGAGCCAUUCAUCUGCACACAGGAGGUGGAUAUUUUGGCCUAAGAUUUACUUGUCCUAGUCUCAAAAGUCCUAUUAGCAAGAAAUCCUGGACUCGCAAAUUAAAAAGCUGGGCAUACAGGCUACGGCAGUCAACCAGCUUUUUCAAGAGAUCAAAAGUCCAUCAAGUGGAAACAGAAGAUAUGAGUUCAGCAGUUGCUCCUGAUCCCAUUCCUUUGACACAAGAGUCCAUAGCUGAUACUAGGGCUUUGAGUAGAUGUAAAGCGAUGAGUGGAUCAUUUCAGCGGGGUCGGUUCCAGGUGAUUACAGUUCCUCAGCAGCAGUCAGUGAAAGUGACAUCUUUUGGAAUAGAGCACAUACCAGCUUUCAAUCAAAUGACAAACCAUUCUAAUGAAGAAACUCUAGUCUUUACUGAAACAGCAAAGUCUCAGUUGAUAGAAAUAGAACCUGCUGUGCACAAUCCACAAAUUUCAUUUUCUCCUCAGAAGUUACAAGCUGUUUACGAAACCGUUAAAGAAGAUAAAGGAAUUCCCAAACAAGGUGACAACUUCUUAUCUUUCAGCACAGCUUGUGAGACUGAUGUAUCUUCUAUGAACCCAGAAAAGGAACUGGAAGAAACUUCAACCACAGGAAGUAGUAUGCAGUCUCGAUCUGAACUAUUGAUUAGAGAGAGAGAGAAACUAACCUUUGGGAAACAGCCUAGUUCUGAUAGUGAAUUUUCAGCUUCUCUUGCUGGCAAUGAAAAGACAGUGGCAAAAGCUGGUCCAGAAAGUGAUCAGUGUCAUGAAGAAGCAUAUGUUCAAACACAGAGUUCACUCUUCUAUUCACCAUCUUCCCCAAUGAGCAGUGAUGAUGAGUCAGAAAUAGAGGAUGAGGACUUAAAGGUGGAGCUUCAAAGAUUACGAGAAAAAGCAACUCCAUUCCUACCAGCAAUGUAUGAGACUUCAGGUUUUUCAUAUCCUAUUCAGUACUUGGUAUUAUCAGUAUUAUUAAUUUUUGACAGUCUACUAGAUACACUGUGUUUGGACAAUAAUGCAGUAUCAUGCCAGCAAUCUCCAGCUAGUAAAAAAGGGAUGUUCACAGAUGACUUACACAAGCUGGUAGAUGACUGGACCAAGGAAACAGUAGGAAAUUCUCUAAUUAAGCCAAGUUUAAACCAACUUAAACAGAAUCAACACAAAUUAGAAACAGACAACUGGAACAAAGUGUAUGAAAAUACCCCAUCUACUAUGGGCUACACAUCAACAUGGAUUUCUUCUCUGUCCCAAAUCCGUGGAGCUGUCCCAACUUCCUUACCACAAGGACUCUCACUCUCUUCAUUUCCUGGGUCAUUAUCAUCAUAUGGAAUGCCCCAUGUUUGUCAGUAUAAUGCUGUUGGGGGGACAGGGUAUCCAGUACAGUGGGUAGGAAUUUCGGGAACAACACAACAGUCUGUAGUAAUUCCUACCCAAUCUGUGGGACCGUUUCAGCCAGGGAUGAAUUUGCAGGCAUUUACAUCUUCACCAGGACAUAAUCCAGCCACAAUGCCUCCUGGUCCCAAAUGA